CGGCCAAAGUUGCUGGUGCUGACUGUCCAGUGGGGGGGAGGAAACGCUGGUUUGGAGUUGUAAAACUGGGAUGCGAUAUGCGAUGCAGCUUAUGCCGCGGCACUACUUGCGCAUAGUACUCCUAAUGGGUAUUAGUACUAGCAAGAAGCUCUCCAUACUCUGACGGAGUAUAUAAACAGCACAAGACCCCUCUUCAUCAAAGGUCCAUGUUCGCUGUCCUGGAGCGCAUGGAUCUGCACUGGGCACUAACAUGGCUCCAGCGCCACUCAUUUCGCCACGAGGGAGACACCAGCCCUUACUACGCACUCGAGCACUGCUUGCCUGUGUUCUCUAUUCUCAUUGGGCUGCAGUGCUUGUAUGUCUAUUAAUACGAGACUCAUCUCCAAGAUGCAAGCUGUGCGUCGGUGGCUGGGGCGCUCUCUUGUGAGACGGUGUUUCAACGAGGUAUUAAGUCAUGCUACUGCUCCGUAUGCACCUCGCGCUCCUGUAUGAAGUAUGGCGUAUGAUGGUAGGUGAGAUGCCCAAGUAUGUAGGCAUGAUGACCCUCUCAAGGGAAGAAAAAAAGAAGAGAAGAAAGAAGAAAGAAAAAAUGAACACUCUGAGAGAAAAAGAAGCGGAAACAAAAACAGGGGAG